AUGGCUGGGCCCCUAUUCUCGGGAGGACGUUCUCCGAAAUUCCUCGAAUACAAAGACGAAGCGAUAUUCGAACUCCCGGGGAACUUCAAGGACCUCGAUAAAGAUGCGCAGGCCUCUAUUGAAGAGCAAAUGACUAACUCAAUGAUGCUAUGCCUGUACGAAAAGCAUGCGGCGCAAAGAUACCCAAUCCUCUACAAGAUGUUCAAAUAUCCAGAGGCCUUGACAUUGACAACCCCCAUUCAAUACUGA